CGCCUGAGAAGAUGCAUUUCCGCCCGCGAUGAGGUCAGGCCACCUGCGUGCCCUGAGUUAGCCAGGGAUUCCCGCUCCACCAACUUAGCGAAUCCCACGUGAGCCCCAGCGGCACACAACGCUUUUGAUUUUCGUUUUUAAAUGCCGGGGGGAGUGUUUCUGUUGCACACGCAGGCAUUUACUGGAAGUGUUCGCCAGUGAGAGGUACUUUGGUACAAAGGAUUCAGGGCCCUCAUCCUGACAUCACCCCAAUGCUAACAGGAGCCCCCGGAUUGGGUGCAGUAAAAGGAGAGACUUUAUUCAGGUGAGGAGCCCGAGGCUCUGCCGCGCUGACCGCCUCGCUGUGGCCGCCGUGGCCCCCGCGUGGCUCGGGGCCCCGAGGAUGUCGCUCAGGGAAGAAGGCCCCGCAGGCGGAGGGCACGGCGAGAACCGGCGCUGAGCCCACGGGGCACCCGGACCGGCCCCUCAAGGCGCGGCAGCCAUGGACGCGGACGCGCUGGUCCUGGGCACCGUCCUCGCCAGCCUGUGCGUCUUCCAGCUCCUCUUCCACGUCCUCAGCCACUGGCUCUCCGCGAAGGUGUGCCCCGGCUUCAGCCGCCUCGGCCCCGCCAAGAAGAUCGAGUGGAACUCCAGAGUGGUCUCCACCUGCCACUCCGUGGUGGUCGGGGCCCUGAGCCUGGUGGUGUCCCUGUUCGACGAGGCUGUCAUCGCGGACCCUCUCUGGGGCGACUCGCUGCUGGCCAAAGUGAACGUGGCCAUCGCUUCCGGCUACCUCAUCUCUGACCUGCUGGCCAUCACGCGGCACUGGGACGUGCUCGGCGACAAGUACUUCGUGAUUCACCACUGUGCCUCGCUGUACGCCUUCUCCCUCGUGCUGAGACACGGCGUGCUGCAGUACAUCGCCAACUUCCGCCUGCUGGCCGAGCUCUCCAGCCCCUGCGUGAACCAGCGGUGGUUCCUGGAAGCCCUGCGGUACUCCAAGCUCUCCACGGCCAACGUGCUCAACGGGCUGCUCAUGACGCUGGCCUUCUUCGUGGUGCGCAUCCUGCCCAUCCCGUCCUUCUACGGCUACAUGCUCUCCGUGGUGGGCACCGAGCCCUACGCGCGGCUGGGGCUGCUGACGCAGUGCUCCUGGGUGGGCUCCUGCGUGGUCCUGGACGUGAUGAACGUCCUCUGGAUGGUCAAGAUCGCCAAGGGCUGCUUCCGCGUGCUGGCGCUGAUGCGGCGGGAGAAGGCCGGCAGCAGCCUCCGCAACGGCAAGCUGGACUGAGCGCCGCGGCCCCGCUCCGCGUCAGGGACACGCCGCCCAGGGUUCCAGUCCCCCCCCCCCGCCUCCCUCCCUCCCUCCCUCCCUCUCUCUAAGUUUUUACCUGUAGGAAAGAGAAACUAAAGUUUUGUUUUUAAUCCCAA